AUGUCCGAUAUUCAAACGUUGAUAGAUAUGGGCUUUCCCAAGGAGAAGGCUGAACGAGCGCUCGAAGUGACCAACAACAAAGGUGUAGAACAGGCUAUGGAAUGGCUGCUUGCGCACGCUGACGAACCACUGCCACCCGCGUCCGGUCCGGCCGGUGAUAGCACGAGCUCGACUGCUGAAACACCGGAUAACACAUCGGCUGGAGGAUCGGCCGACGAGCAAGCGGCGGCUGUAGCGAAAUCACUCAAAUGCGACGAGUGUGGCAAGUUGUUUAAAUCCAAGGAGGAAGUAGAGUUCCAUGCGGCCAAAACGGAACACAGCAGCUUCUCUGAGUCGACCGAGGAAAAGAAACCGCUCACGGAGGAAGAGAAGAAGGUGCAGCUCGCCUUGCUAGAGGAGAAGAUGCGCCGCAAACGACAGGAACGGGAAGAAAACGAAAAGAAGGAAGCGAUGGAGCGGGAGCGGCUGCGCAUUAAAUCUGGCAAGGAUAUGCUGGAGGCACGGCGUAAGAUGGAGGAACAGGAGAUGAAAAAAUUGAUGGAUCAGCGUAAGCGCGAAAAACUGGAAAGUCAGCAAGCACGGGAUCGAGUACGGGUGCAGAUUGAGGCAGAUCGGGCCGCUCGAAAAGCGAAAGAGUCCUCGGGCAGCCCUUCGCCGGCACCGAAGCCAACGUCCACUACAUCAACGAAACCGGCUGAGACGAAGACCUACACAACGGCUAAGAUUGCGAUCCGUAUGAUGGACGGUACGCAGCUCGUGCAAACGUUCCAGGCCGGUGAGCAACUGGCCGCCGUCCGGCUGUUCGUGCAGCUAAAGAUGGACUCGAUCGAUGCGUCCUUCGGACUGAUGACUAACUUCCCGAAGAAGGUGUUCAGCGCCGAGGAGUACGAUAUGCCGCUGGAUAAGCUGGGCCUUGUACCGAACGCGGUACUGAUCGUAACAAAAGCACCCUAG